UCAGAUUAAUUUUUAUUUGGAAACAUAUUUAACCAACUUGUUAUUGGAAGGAAAGGAAAGCACAUUCCAUAUAGGAUUCUAUAUAGGACGGAUACAUCAUGCACCAGGCAGGAGAGGGAUUGGCCGUCUUUGUCAUCUUGAUAUUGGCCCCAUCUAUAAUACAAGCACAAGUAUGUACUGGACCCGACGGUUUAUAUCCAGUGGCUAGCAAUUGCCAGAUGUUUCUUCAUUGUGCUGGGGGUAUGGGAUUCAUUCGUCAAUGUGGCCCCUACACGGCAUUCAACCCAGCAAUAGGAUUGUGUGAUCAUGCGGCCAAUGUAGCCUCAUGCUUCCUUGCUGCUCCUGCGACUACGUCAACUGCAGCUGCGACAACGUCAACUACAGCUGCGACAACUUCAACUACAGCUGCGACUACUUCAACAGCUGCGACAACUACAACAGGGGCUCUCCCUACGCCGGUUCCAGUAUCCUCCAGAAAAGUUGAUUUUUUUUGCUCAAAAGACGGCAAGUUCGCAUCUACGGAUUGUACUCAGUUCAUAGAGUGUGUCAAUGGUAACAUCAUAGUGGGAAGCUGUCCUAUAGAUCAGGUCUUCAACGAAAAGACGUCGUUAUGUGAUAGCGUCGCUAACGUGCCCAGGUGUUCAUUUACCAUCAAUAUUACCGAUGUAAAUGAGUUUCUUCCGAUGGCCGAGGACAUGUCUCGAAAAGCAUUGGACGACAGGACCAAGAAGGAGGCAGAUGCAUCAAAACAAAAUGCUGGCAAAGGAAAGGAUCGACCAUUUAAAGGCGUCCAAGACUUCCUUAAUGCUGAUAACUACGUCAGGAGGCUCUCUGAGUCACAGAAGCUUCAAGAAGAAGUACUGGAAAGAAUCAUGGACAAGUUCAGCUACACAAAGACACAAAUCCAAGAGGUUUUCCGUACUGUCACUGGACCUCUGCUUAGAGCUCAACCAGAGCCACCAAGACGCCAAGAUGGUGGCAGGCGACCACCUAUGAGAGAAAGUUGUCCCUAUCAACAGACAUUGUGCAACAGCAGUGACACCUAUCGUUCCCUAGACGGGACCUGUAAUAAUUUGAACCAUGGUCUUUGGGGCUCAGCAUUCACGCCAUUCACUCGUCUGUUGUUGCCUGAUUAUGCUGACGGAUACAACAAAUCACGUGUGGCAGUUGACGGUACUGAGCUGCCUUCGGCAAGGUUGGUGAGCAGUACUGUCUUUGAAGAUGUAGAAGUAAGCGACCAUGUCCAAUCCUUGGCUCUUAUGGUUUUUGGACAAUUCCUUGAUCACGAUGUUACAAGAACGGCUGUCUCUAGUCUCUUCUCAGAUGUAGAUAUGAUGACUGAAGUGUCCAACGUGCUAUGCGGAGAUGAUGGUUGCUCUACAGGAAAGAACGAUUUGGCUUCUUGUCUUCCCAUUAGUAUUCAAAGUGGUGACCCUGACUAUGGUAGCCAGAAAUGUUUAGAGUUUGUACGUAGUGAAGGCGUGCCACAACUCUCUUGUGCAUUUGGGCCAAAAGAACAGCUGAACCAGAUAACUGCGUUUAUCGACUCAUCUAAUGUUUACGGAAGCUCGUUGAGUGAUGCGGCCGCACUCCGCGAAAAUAGCACAGGGCGCCUUGCCAUGACAGUCCAUCCUUACCAAUCAACACUGAAGAAGCUCCUGCCCAGAAAGCCGGAAGCGACUUUCAAUGAGAGCUGCACCGGAUCCAACACAACUGUCAGGUGCUUCGAGGCAGGUGAUGGUCGAGUCAACGAACAAGUGACUCUAGCUUCUUUCCACACAAUAUUCGCCCGUGAGCACAACCGCAUUGCCAAUACGCUGUCUUCUAUGAACACAGACUGGGAUGAUGAGAGACUAUAUCAGGAGGCGAGGAAGAUCGUCAAUGGUAUGUGGCAACAUAUCAUCUACAAAGAGUACAUUCCCCUGAUUCUAGGACCAACAGAGAUAGUCAAAUACGGAGUGAAACUCUUGGAGAGCGGGUUCUACACAGGUUAUGACAGCAGCAUUAAUGCUCAGAUGUUUAACUCAUUCUCAACUGCCGCAUUCCGGUUCGGUCACAGUCAGAUUGGUGACGAGAUCUUCCGUUCUACAUCAUCUUUUGGUGACAUCGACGAACCAUUUCUUAGCACGGCCUUCUCAAACCCACACCUGAUAUACGAUGUGAACGGUGGUGGUGUGGACUCCUUGGUGAGGGGCCUUGUGAACAAUCCCGGCUACAAUACUGAUCGCUUUUUCUCAAAGCAAAUCACCAAGAGUUUAUUUACACCUUCACCUCCAAUGGGCAUUGGGACUGAUCUUGUUUCACUCAACAUCCAAAGAGGGCGAGACCAUGGACUUCCCGGUUACAACGAGUACCGUAGCAUUUGUGGACUGAAGAAAGCCACAAGUUUCAACGAUCUUGCCACUGAUAUACCUAGUCAGGAUACUCGGAAUAAACUAGAGACUUUAUAUGGCAAUGUUGACAAUAUAGAUAUCUUCGCUGGAGGAGUUAUUGAAAAGAACGUUGUCGGAGGUUCUGUUGGACCAACAUUCGCAUGUAUCCUUGGGGUACAAUUCAAGAAUGCCAGGAGGGGCGACAGGUUUUGGUACGAGAACAACAUUCCCCAAGGAUUUACAGCAGAUCAACUGACAGAGAUCCGUAAAGCAAGUCUCGCCCGUAUCAUGUGUGACAACAGUGACACCACUACAACCAUCCAACCACUCGUAAUGUUGCUACCAAGGAGUAAAGCGAAUACAACUGCUCCUUUCUUCGAAACCACUAACAUCAAUGAAUUCUACGCAAGUGGUGAUAACGAGAGAGUUGCAUGUAGCGCCAUACCAUCAUUAGAUCUCACAAAAUGGAAGGCAUAGAUCAACACAUCGACAUACAAACAGCUUCGACAUGCCCAAGCUGGUGCUAACCUUGAAAACAAUGGUCAGCAAUGACUUACAUGGUGACACGGACCUCUGCCAGUUAGCUCUUCUUGGUGGCUAGGCUCAAUGAAUAUACUCAUGUUUAUUUCUUCAUUGAGCCUACUACCAAUAGGGCUGGGCGUGGCUCCGGAUCUGUGCAUGGUGACACAAAAAGACAACCCAUAAAUAAAACCCCAUACAUUUUAUUCACAGUGCAAAAAAUUCUAGAUGCAAUUUGUAUAAAAAACACUUCAGUUUAAACAUGUCUGAACUGGCAAUUGAAACAGAAUGUUGAAUCAGAUGAAAAAAUACAGGACACUCAUUUCAAAGACAUACGCCAUGUCUCCUAGUGCUAUAUCAGCCGUCGGUAGAUUAAAGGAAUAAACUACCUGUAUCAUUCGAAUUCUAUACUGAAAAUUGAAUAUUGAAAAGCAUGGGUGCAUGCACUAACCCAUAUACAUAAUACAGCUUGAAACGUGGUCUUGCGUCAAUAAGUACAUAAACAAUAAAGAAAUACAUAAUAUGAAAUCGACAUCGA